GCGAAUUUGAAUUGAAAAAUGGAUUGCAAAGAAAUUACAAAACUUAUCAAAGUUAAACAUAUCUCAGAGGAUAUUAUAAAAACACCAGAAAAUGUGGAAAAAAUAAUGGAGCUAAAUUACUUGUUAGGGCAAAUACAAGGAAAACUUUUACAAAAUGUCCAUCACAUAAUAAUUUGCAGUUUUUAUCCUAUAUUUAAAAAAGCAGCUGAAAAUAAACAAAAUAUAAAACAAGAUGUAAAUGCUUCUGUAGUUGAAACAUUAACAACUCUGUUUGGAAAAAUUCAAAUUGAAAAAAUAGAGAUAUUUUUAAACAUUUAUGGAUACCUUUUAAAUGAAAUAUAUGAUCCAAAAGUAAAAAAUUGUGUUGCCCUUGUACAUGAAGAAUAUAAAUUGCUUCUUGUGAACUGCAUUACUGCCCUAACAAGGUGCUUAACAUGGGACGUUAUCACAAAUCUGUAUACAAAAGUACAUGCACCCAAGUUGUGUCAAAUUAUUUAUGUUAUAGUCGAAAUAGCAAAAACAGAACACUUAAGAAAGUUGAGGAUUUCUGCUAUUAAAUGUCUUAUGACUUUGGCAAGAAUAGAAGAUUGUGAUAUAAGCCAAGAAGACGUUGUUUUACAGGCACAAGUAGCUGAUGUUUUUAUAUUUUUUCUUCCUGGAAUAGCAAGUGGUUUAAAAGACAUUGCUCUUGAAGAUGAAAAAUUUGGUCAUGCAGUUGUUGUGGAAUCUGUUAAAGCAUUUGGUAGAUUAGUAACAUUGAUAAUGAAAGAUCCUAAUAAUCCAGAAGAAAAGGUUCAAAUCAAUCUUCAACUUAACAUUAAUAAUAAAUUUAAUUGUACCAAUAAUGACCAACAGUUACCAAAAAAGAAAUGGACUAAUGAGAAAGAAGUUAAUGACUAUUUACAAAGUAUGAAACGAGAUGAAAAAUUUUUCAAGGAAACUGAUUCAAAAUUGCAAUUAAUUGUUAAAGUAUUAAGAAAGCUAACACAUCAUUCUCACCCGCGAGUUAGAGAAGAAUUAUCAAAUAUCUGUAAAGGAUUUGUGCAGUAUUGCAGCAAUACAAUGACUCUAAGUAUGUGUUAUAUUACUGAAAUUUUGAUUGCACUAUCUGAAGAUGAAUACAAAAAUGUAUCAGAAACUGCUAAAGAAGCACUAGAAAUUUUAUCAAGAAAUUUUAAUUCUAAUUCCUAUAGGAAGAUAGAAGAAAAUUUGGAAGAAAAAUUCUAUGAGAUGACCACGGACUUGCCCAGAAUAUUCAACAGUUUAGAGGAACAACAACAGUUGAGUGCCCUUAAUAUGUUAAUUGGAUAUCUUCGACUUUUUAAUAAAAAUAAAUUAGUUCACAUUCUUUACUCUCAAGCUCAUUUACAGCGAUUACUUUUAGCACUAAUUAAUAUUACAAAAAUGGAAACAAAUGAGAUAACACAAUUAGAAGAUUUCAUACUGGAUGCCUUUGCUGAUGAAACGAGCAGUACUCACUUUUUGCCAAACUUUAAGAAAUUUAAAUACAUACAAAAUGAAAAGAUUGCUUCAAAACUGACAGAAGUAUGCUCGUUACUAGCAAAUGAAGAUGUUUUAGAUAUUGUAAGCGAUUCACUGAUAACAAUAAUUCAAAAUAAUGAAGAAAUUAAAGAAGCAAUUUAUCUUUUAAAUGAAGUCCUUUUUGGUAUAAAGGACAAAACAAGAGUAGAAAUAUUUGAAAAUGUGAUAACAACAUAUUUGGAUCCUGAAUAUUGGGAUCUUCCAUUACACACCAUUGAUAGUGAUGGAAAUAAGCAUUCGUUGGGAGAAGUGCAAAAUAAUAUUUUACAAGUUUGUUUGUUAGCUGAAGGAUUUGGUAAAAUAGCCUCAAGUUUAGGACCUAAUAUUCAACAAUUUCUUCUGAAAAUUAUGUAUCCAAUUUUAGAAAGAGCAGGUUCUCCUCAACCUUUAGUGAGAAGAGUAGGUUUGGAAAGUUUAAAGAAAAUUGCAACAGCCUGCGGUUAUAAUACUAUAACAGACCUAGUUAACGCAAAUAACGAUUAUUUUUCUUACCAUAUAACAAGGAAAUUUCAAAAAGUAGGAAAUGACGAAAAUGCUCUAAAUGUUUUAUGUGUUGUUAUGCAGCACAGUAAUAUAGAUGUACUUCCGUCAAUUUCUGAUAUUAUUGAAGGAAUAUUAAUUCAAACAUUUGAUAAAUAUUUUCAAGAGCAAAAGGCGGAACACUAUUUGUAUAUUUUUAAAACGUUUACUGAAUGUUUAAUGAAAUGGCUUGAUAUUAAACCUGUAUUAAUUCCUAUUAAAUCUAAAAUUGAAACUAAAGAGCAAAUCGAAGAUUUUAAAGUGACUGGUUUAGAAGAUAUUACGAAUUUUAGCGAUGAUAUUAUGGAAAAAUCAGCGGAAGAUAUGUUUAAGGAUGACAUGGCAAAAUCUAAAAAGGAACUUCUUGAAGAUGGAGAUACUCCAGAAGACGAAUAUAAGAAACCUGAACCUCCAACAUAUGUUAAAUUGACUGUCUUAUUAUUAAAAAGAUGUCUGCACUUUCUACCAGCAAAAAAUAAAAAUACAAAACUUUUUGCUUUGGAAAUUUUAAAAAAUGGCUUAGAAAUUAUCAGAGACUGGGAAGACGAAUUACUUCCUAUGGUCCAUCAGAUAUGGUCUCCUUUAGUUAAUCGUUUUAGUGAUAAAGAACUAGUAAUAGUUAAUUACAGUUUCCAAUUACUUAUAACACUUGCACGUCUUUCAAAGUGGUUUGUAAGAUCUAGGACAGUGAAAGAAGCAUUUCCAAAUAUUUUAACACUUUUGGAUAAACUGAGCAAGGAAAGUUAUUUAAAAGAUAAGGGAUCUCCUUAUCGUUACACACAAGCGUACAAACUUCAGCUUACUCUACUUGAAAAUCUUGCCAGAAUUGUUGUUGAUCUAGAAAUGAUUGACAAAGAUACCGAAAAAAUAAUUUUCAGUGUUUUGCCGUAUUUAAGUGAUAAGCAACCACUACCUUUACAGGAACUGAGUGUAAAAUUCUUUAAAGAUUUAAUUACAUAUGAUAGCAAAAUACUAACCAAAAUUCUUGAAGAAGGAAAUUUCUCAGAAUCCGAGUAUAGCAAAAAUAUGAAUAUCAUAAAAACGCUAUUGUAAUAAAAUGUUUAUUACAUCGAGGUUGUACAUUCUGAAUAAAAAACAAUUGCACACUC